CGGGGUUGCUGCGGCGUUUGAAUCUUCGGCGGGUCAAGAUGGCGGCGGCUGCUGCUGAAGCGGAGGAGCCAGCGGCGGAGAGAGACGGGGAGGAGGAAGGAGAAGAGAAAAGGCCGGGGGAGGCGGAGAGAGCCGCGACGGAACCCCGGCGGGAGCAGCUGUUCGACCUCAUCGUCGAGACGUUCUUGGCGAAGGUGGAGGAGGCCGGCAGCUACCAACGGUUUGCAGGCUGCUACAGCCGUCUCUACAGAACGCAGCCGGAACUCAUCAAGUGUAUCUACAAGCAGUUCAUAAGCCAGCUGCAGACUUGCUUUAGGGAGGAGAUCCAGGAGCUGAAGCAAGAAGGGAAUCUGGAGGUCCUCUUUGGCACGCUGGAUAAGCUGGUGGAGGGAGCCAAGGAGAGGGAGACGCCUGCCUGGCGCCCCAGCGGGAUCCCCGAAGAAGACGUCCGCAGCGCCGUUGUGCCGUACCUCCUGAAGCAGCGCACGUUCCUGCAGAAGGCCCUGAAGGGGAAGGAGGAGGCCAACGCCAAGCUGGCCGAAGCUGUGCUGGCCGGCCGCCAGAGGAUCACGGACCUGCAGCAGGAGAUCCAGAAACGCCAGGCGGAGUGGCAGGCAAUUGCUCGAGAAGGCCGUGAGAUUGCAGACUCGCUGGAAGAGCUCCAGUGAGACGGGCCUGGCUGGCUCCUGGUGAAGGGGAGUCUCCCCUCGGGUGGGGGGAAACGCGGCAGCUGCUUCGGAAGGCCAGGGUCCUGCCCUGGGCCCUCCUGCUCUCCGUGGGCCUCUCUUUGGGCAGGAGCCUGCAGCAGGGGCAGCUUCAGUGGUGUGCUUCCCCCACAGAGCGGUGGCCUGAACACCUGCCUCUGGGUUGCCUCCAAAACCUCUUUGCUCUGUGGGGUCUGGGACUUUCUCACAGGUGAUUGGCAACGCGCCUUCCUCCCUAGCUCCGAAGAGCUCCUUGCCUGGAAUCUUGACUCUCACUUCUCAGUCCGGAACGUACUCUCUAAAUACUAUAUUAGGAGGAGGAGGACGAGGAGAAGUCGCUGUUGUACAGUUGCAUCAAAGGGUUCCAGCUCCUCUCCUUCUGUCUUCUCCUUUUGGUUCUCUCGGUUUCAACUGCUUCUGCUUCUUUGUUUCUCUUUCCUUUCCUUUUUUUUCUUUUGGCCAGGUGAUCACUUGGAUCUCUGUGUGUCUUAUUCCUCCGUCUCAGAAACCUUUGCCUGGCUAUGGCUCUUUCCCCCAAAGGCAGGAUUUUUAUACAAGCUGAGAUAUGAUAAAAUGUUGAUAUGAUGUUGGUAUCUCUUGAGGUUUGCCGGAGAGGGGCAAGUGUGGAGGUUGCCAUGUAACUGCCUGCACUCUAAACCUAAAAAAGUGUGGUUUGCAGGCCUCCUUUGUCAAAUAGCUUGAAGGAAGAAGAACGGUUCUUGGUGUGACCAGAGUUGUCGGCCAUACCUUUUGGGUAUCUUCUGAAAUGGCAUGUUUUGUGGCUUCGGAGAUAGCCCUGAUGGACACUUCUGCAUUAAAAUAUCAUCUUUUCCAA